GGUUAAAUCUCAAAUCAUUGCUUUUUUCUAGGAGUUACUGUAACCAAAUUCAGCAAAUAUGGAAGCCAACAAGGGCGGUAUCCAACAGUUGCUAGCUGCAGAACAAGACGCUCAGCACAUUGUCAACGCUGCAAGAAAUGCAAAAAUGGCCAGACUAAGACAGGCCAAGGAAGAGGCAGAGAAAGAGAUUGCUGAAUACCGUGCUCAAGUGGAGCAUGAGUUUCAGAAGAAGGUAGCCGAGAGUAGCGGAGACUCGGGGGCUAAUGUGAAGCGGCUCGAGAUCGAAACGGAUGCAAAGAUCAAUCACUUGAAGAAUGAAGCUGCAAGGAUAUCUCACGACGUUGUACAGAUGCUUUUGAAGAAUGUGACAACUGUGAGGAACUAGGGAUCUUCUAUUGAGAAUGAUGGUUUAGUCGUCUACAACCUUCAAUCAGGCCAUUAUGUCAAAACUCGGAGCUCAUAAUUUUAUGUCAUUAUUUUAUCACUUUUUGUUGUUUGUUUGUGCCAUGUUUAUGUUUUGGUUGAUGAUGUUCAAGUUCUGAAAUAAAGUUUAAUGUGUGCUCCCAAAGAAA